GGCAUUACUGAUCAUAAUUCAUAAGUUCCUGCAUAUCACGGCCACAGCGGAUAGCCCACUACUCUUGCUUACAACUAACCAAUAGAUAAAUUUCUUACCUAAAAUUUCAAUCGUUUAUAAAAUUUUAACAGCGACCUUUGACAGAAAAAACGUCUUUGCCGUCGGAACUUAAAAAUGUGGGGAUUGCGUGCUUUACUAAAUAAAAGUACCGUCAUAGAACAAGCUUCAUUUUUCCAACAAACGAGAAAUACGUUCAUCCUUAAGAGACGAUGGCCACCACCGCUGCACAAGAAGAAUGGAAGACUACCAAAAUUAAAAGCAAGGCAUUUUGUUUAUGAUUUAAUCGAAGAUACAAAUGUUUGUAAAAAACCUGAUUUAAAAGUGAUAUUAAAUCAAUUUGUUGAGGGUGCUGGUAAUGUUGGAGAUAUAUUAACUUUGCGUCCUAAUGUUGCAUAUAAAGAAUUUUUACUUCCUGGUCUUGCUGUAUAUGCUACACCUGACAACUUACAAAAGUUCAAAGCUGCUGAAAAUAAAUCAAAGGAAUCAUCUGAUUUUAGUUCCCCUUAUGUCCAAAGAACAAUUAAUUGUUUAUCUCGAAUAGUUUUACAAAUAACUAUGAAUAAGACUACACCAUGGAAACUUGAGUCUUGGCAUAUUAAAACAUCAUUGCGCAAAGCUGGUUUUAUAGUUCCCGAAGAGGCUAUAAUAAUGCCUCCAAAAGAAAUCACAGGACCAGAUUUAACUUUACAAGAAAAGGAGUUUUUCAUUACAGUUAUAAUAAAUAAUAAAGAAGAAGUAAACGUAAGAUGCCGCAUCCACCAUUGGGCUACAGGUUUAGAGAGGCUGCCUUGGGAAGAGUUUCAUUGGAAAAAGCCCUUAGAGGCUCUUUUCCCAGAACAAGCUGAAAUUUUAGCAAAAAUGACCCUACCUCAAUGAGGAUAUUUAACCAUUAGGGUUUUUUAUAGGUCAUAAAUUAUUGAAUUUU